AAAUUUGAUAAGAAGUGCUGUGAUUGCCCGCUUUAUUAAUUAAUAAUUAAUAAACAAGCAUUUUACUAAUAAUUUACGGAACUAAAAUAUAUUCUUAUUUUGCUAGCCGUAUAUAGAAAUUAAAAGUGGCUUAGUUUCACUACAUGAAAGAUAAACGCUGAAGAAUAAGUGACCAAUAUAUCUACAAAUAAGCAAACUGAAGAGGCAAUGAACUGGCUGUAUAGCUCAACAUAUCGCAGGAUGUCAGUGGAUGCAGGGUGAGAUCAUUUUCUCAGUCAGAAGAUAGAAUGCAAGUGUUUACACAGAAGAAGAACCCCAUAACCGGUAGUACAGAGUGGGACGUUCAACAUGAGGAUUAUGAUUAUCAUCAGGAGAUCGCGCGGAGCGCUUUUGCCGAUAUGUUGCACGACACUGAGAGAAACAAGAAGUAUUAUAGAGCUUUGCAGUUGGCUAUAGAAAGAAUGCAUAAAGAUGGAAGGAAAGCCAAUGUUUUGGAUAUAGGUACAGGAACAGGGUUACUAUCAAUCAUGGCAGCAAGAUGUGGAGCUGAUUCUAUCACAGCAUGUGAGGCAUUCAAGCCAAUGGCUGAGUGUUGUGCAAAAAUUUUAGCUUGCAAUGGUGUAGCUGAUAAAAUUACUCUCAUACCAAAAAGAUCAACUGAAAUGACAGUAGGUGAAAAUGGAGACAUGAAAGAAAAGGCUAAUAUUUUAGUUACAGAAGUAUUUGAUACAGAAUUGAUUGGAGAAGGUGCCCUUUCUACAUUUUCCCAUGCUCACAAAUACCUUCUAGAAAAAGAUUGCAUAGUGGUUCCUGACUCUGCAGUGAUUUAUGUACAAGUGGUCGAAUGUCCUACUAUGCAGAAAUGGAACAAACUGAAUGAUUUAGCAGAUGAAGAAUUGGAGAAUGUCUUGAGAACACCACAAAAGAUGAAAGACUGCGCUGGUUCCGCUGCAGUGCACGACAUUCAGUUGUCUCAGCUCCCCCGUCAAGCAUUCCGCGAGCUUUCAGAGCAAAUUCCUGUAUUCUACUAUGAUUGGUCGGGGCGUACUCCAAUAGAUAUGAAGAGAACAGUUAAGCAGCAGUUUGCUGUGACUAAUACUGGACGCGCACAGAUGGUUUUUAUGUGGUGGGAGCUGAAUAUGGACACUGAAGGAAAGAUAUGUCUCAGCUGUGCACCAUGGUGGACUCAUACUGAUGCUGAUGUGGCAUCAGAAAGACCACAAGACACAAUACCCUGGCGGGAUCACUGGAUGCAAGCAGUCUAUUACUUUCCACAAGAGCUAACUUUAAAGAAAGAUACCGAAGUCACUUUGAUAUCAUGCCAAGAUGAAUAUUCACUAUGGUUUUAUUUAGAAGAUGAAAAAUCAAAAUAUAAAAAUUACAAAAGGCCAAUAUGCGAGUGUGGCGUUCACAUGGCAUUAUCAAGAACACAUGUGUCAUAUUUAAACGACGGUAGGCGGAGUAAAAAGUUUUUAUCACAGUUGAGACAGGAAAUUGGAAAGGAAUCAGUUGUUCUAGAUCUGAACGGAAGCAGUUUUAUGGGUUUGGCCGCGGCGAAAUUUGGCGCGAAACAAGUAUACAUUUAUGAGACUCUGAAUCUAAAUGUUGGCAUUUUGAUUGAUUAUAUCAAUGAGAAUAGUUUAAAUAAUGUUACAAUUGUACCCAAUAUAGACGACAGUAUUGUUACCCAAGUGACAAAUGUCAUAUCGGACCCGAAUUUUAGUAAUGCCUUGUUGCCGUGGGAGAAUUUGAAAAUGGCGUAUAUUUUGUAUAAGUACAAUAGUAAAUUAAGGAGCGAUGUGUCUAUUACACCCGAGGGAUGUGAGCUUUGGGGAAUGCCUGUGGAAUUUCAGGAUUUGCACAAGAUUCGUAUACCACUGGAUAAAUGCGAGGGAAUAGAUAUGACCACCUUUGAUAAUCUCGUUGAGAGCUCUCGAAUAAUAAGCGACGCGGAUAUCGAACCGCAGCCAUUGUGGGAGUAUCCCUGCAAGAGUCGGGGGCUGCCGAGGAAACUUCUAGAAAUCGACAUGCGAGUGUUACAACCAACAUAUGCUACGAACGACAUCCAUCCAAUACUUGACACUGACUGUGACGAAGUACAAUCAAUAAAUGGGUUUGUGCUGUGGAUGUCAUGGACAGUUGGCGGGAAACAGAUAAGCGCGGGUCCGCAAGAGUGGCCCGCUGUCGGCGAGAGGGUGCAGUGGGACAUGCACACUAGGCAGGCGGUUAAAAUACUGAAAAAAGCGCAUGAAGCUGGCAGUACAGACACGUGGAGCUCACAGAUAGCCUGCGAUCUGGAGAAAGGACAAUUCAAUGUUGAUAUAAAACUCAAUAUUAAUGACCAAUAAUAUUUAUGUACUUAUUAAACUAUUUAUUUCGUUUC